AUGGGGAGAAGAAUUGCUACUGCUGCACUUCUCUUGUUCGGGCUCAAUGCCUUGAAAGGAGUGGUGGCGCUGGACAAUGGCCUGGCCAUCACUCCGCAGAUGGGAUGGAACACAUGGAACUCCUUCGGAUGCUCGCUAAACGAGACCGUCAUCCUAGACGCGGCCGAAAAGCUCGUCUCGCUCGGAUUCAAGGAUCUCGGCUAUGAGUACGUCGUCCUGGACGACUGCUGGUCUGCCGGCCGGAACGCGUCUGGCUAUCUGGUGCCGGAUCCAGCCAAGUUUCCCAAUGGCAUCGAUGGCCUGGCGGAGAAGAUCCAUGCGCUGGGCUUGAAGAUUGGCAUUUAUUCCAGUGCGGGAACCAUGACUUGCGCCCGCUAUGCUGGGUCGUUGGGAUAUGAAGAGAAGGAUGCAGCGCUUUGGGCUAGUUGGGGGAUCGACUACCUCAAAUACGACAACUGCUACAACCAAGGCCAAGAAGGCACGCCCAAGCUCUCGUACGACCGCUACAACGCCAUGGGCCAAGCCCUCAACAAGACAGGCCGCCCGAUUCUCUACUCGCUCUGCAACUGGGGCGUCGACGGCCCGUGGAACUUUGCCUCGACCAUCGCCAACUCGUGGCGCACGUCGGGCGAUCUGCUCAACACGUGGGACCGCGACGACGCAAACUGUCCGUGCAGUGAGCUCGAGGGCCUCGACUGCAAGACUCCCGGGUACAAGUGUUCGAUCCUGAACGUCAUCAACAAGGCGGUGUAUUAUCCGUCUAAGGCGUUCCCUGGGGCGUGGAAUGACCUGGACAUGCUACAGGUUGGCAACGGAGGCCUCACCGACGACGAAGCCGUCGCCCACAUGAGUCUCUGGGCAGCCUUCAAGUCCCCGCUGCUGAUGACCAACGUCCUGAGCAACAUCGACCCUCCUACGCUGUCCAUCCUGCAGAACCCGGCCGUGCUGGCCGUCUCGCAGGACCCGGUCGGCUCCAGCGUCAACCGCAUCUGGCGGUACUACGUCGACGACGUGGACGCCAACGGGUACGGCGAGAUCCAGCUGUUCAGCGGCGGCCUGGCAGGAGGCGACCAGCUGGUGCUGCUGCUGAACGCGGGGUCGAAGGACCGCACCAUGAACGCGACGCUGGAGGACAUCUUCUGGGAAGACGGGCCCGGUGGCACGGCCAGCCAGGUACAGCAGAGCUGGGACGUGUACGACCUGUGGGCGAACCGGAUGAGCAACGAGACGGCGGCGGCGAUCAUCAACGCCGCCAACUCGACCGGUUCUGCUGCGCCUGCUGCGCCGAUCAACAUGACCGCCCUCGGGGGUGCCAAGCACGUGUACUCGCAGGUGCCGCCGUCCGACUCGAAGGCGUUGAUGGGCACCAAGGUUGGGAGCGUCCAGCCGAGUGGGACGGUCAAGGCGUUUGUCAAGGCGCACGGCGUGGCGAUGUUGCGGCUGCGCCAGCAGUCGCAGAAGAAGGAUGAGUUGUAA